AUGGAUUCUCUCCUCCCUGAUGAGAAUGUGACCCGGAUGCCCAUGUUUCAUACUAGGGGCCCCUAUGUUUCUACUUUUCAACAAUGGCUUAACUUUUUCGGUUGUCUACUUACCAUUCCAAUUUACUAUAUGUUUGCGACCUGCAGCGGUUUUCCUUGCACAUUGGACCUGCUGUUAAGUAUCGUCGCGUGCGAGUACAAUCGAUGGACUAUCCAGGCCCGCCGAUCCAACUUCUACAAAUCGCAAAGCUUGCCUUUGUCCGACGGUAAUGCCGAGAAGAAUACGCCUAAGCAGACAGCUCCGGAUUGCAUGGCCGUUGUGGUUGGAUAUCGAGAAGACAGCGACUUAUUUGCGUGUGCGCUAGAUAGCUAUCGAGACGCCGAUGGAUGCAAAUUUCUCCUUAUUGGCGUCGAUGGCGAUGAGGCUCCAGACCAAAAUAUGGUGACUAUAUUUGAGCGUGUCUAUCCUAAAAACUCGGCUGUAAUCCACAUAGAUGAGCCUUUAGCUGACAUUGCAAUGCGCACAUAUGGAAAGUUAGCCGCUGUAGAUGACGACGACAGUGAGAUUUGGAAUGAGAUGACCAUUGCUCACUGCUGUCGACUUGCUCGCGAGACUCUCCGCGAUCAUGAUCUAGCACUAGGUCAGCCAGGAGGUGUAACAAGACUGUGUGUGUAUGAGCCGCACAUGCACAAGAGAGGAAUCAUGUUUACCUCGUUCAUCUUUUCCAUCGUCAUUGCCGACAUGUUAGGCAUUGAAUUUCUCUGGUCAUCCGAUUCCGACUCCAUCGUCUUCCCAGACUCAUUACGACAGACCAUUUCUGUUAUCGCUGCUGACCCCAAUGCUGGAGGUGCGAGUUCUGGCCUGGUUGUUCAUAACACCAAUCACUCAAUCUGGACCCGAUUCGGCAGAGCAGUGUACUGGUACGAGCUUUAUCUUGCACGCUGUCCCCCGACCCUGUCCGGUACGCAUGAUUGCCAGACCGGGCCCAGUGCGGUUAUCCGUGUAGCCGCGCUCCCUGGGAUAUUGUAUAGAUGGUAUGCGCAGACGAUACUAGGCACGCGCAUGAUCGUGAACGAAGACCGGCAUCUCACGACUUGCUUGCUCAUGCGAGGCUGGACUAUUAAGUAUGCCGCAGACACAUUAGCUGCCACAGAAACACCACCGACGUUUACUGGAUGGAUAAUGCAGCAGGUACGCUGGGCGCGUGCUACCCACAUUGAAACAUUCCAGCAGCCCAAAUUGUACAUGAUCAAUAACCCGAUUUUUUUCUGGUCCGCCCUCAAACGAGAAAGUGGACCUCUGGUGGUUGCAGCCUCGGUCUUCUAUUACCUUUACACUGGCCGACCUGUUGCUUAUUUUUCAGUUUACGAUGUUUUAUUUCGUAUCAUCUGCACCACCCUAUACAACUGGCUGCGUAACCCAGACGGUGGGCCUCGACACUCCUGGGCCUGGGUUUUACCGACACUGAUUUUCUGCACUAUCCCGAUGCCAGCUAUCCAGAUCUGGGGACUGCUCACUGUCCUUGAUGGUGGUUGGGGUACAACGAUGCGCGCUGGUGUAGAGUCCUCAAGGCGCUACGAGUUCUGGAAACGCUGCUAUAAUAUGGGAUUUCUUGUUCUAUGGAUGGGUGUCGUUGGCGCUACAACAGGCCGGCUGGUGGCCAGUUUAGCUAGUUGGAGUCAAGCUGGUCUAUAUCAUGCUAUUAUUGUUGGAGCUAUUCUGCCGACUUUGGUAUCUUUCUGGGCGUUGGUAGUCAAAGGAUGA